CAAAAAAAAAAAUCGAAAUGAACGGGUCGCGUCUCGCAAAAAUUUUAAAUUAAAAAUGUAGCAAAAUUGUCGAAACAAUUGUGCUUUCAAAUGUCGUGGUCGUGCUCCGUGUGCCAUUGUCGAGUCUGUAAUUAAAUGUGCGAGAUUUUAAACGUACAACACAAACCAGGCGGCGACAGCGCGACGCCAAGCCACGCCAAGGCAAAGCAAAGAAAGAAAAAUAUCCUUUGCCCACGCAGGAUGGCUGUGUGAAGCAAAUGAAAAAAGAAGUCGUCAAAGCAGUGGUAGCAGCUGAAAAAGGAGAAUAAUAAGAGUCGUUGGUGGGAGGGGAAGCGAAGCCGCAACUGCUACAAGAGGAUUACAACAACAACAAAAACUGCAGCGAAAGUGCAUUCGAUAUAAGAAAUCCAACAGCAACAUCACAAGUGUAAUAUGUGGAUGAUGUUGCAACGUUGCGGCGAGUGCAACGCAGAGUAAAAGCAAAGCAAAAGCAGAACAAACAAAACGAGAGAAAAAGAGGGAGUGUGUGCUGUGUUUGCUCGCUCGCUCGCUCGCCUGUCGCGGUGUGGUGUGCGAGAGUGUUUCGUCUUUGUGUGCGUGUGUGUGUGAGGGCGCCCCUUACAACAAAUUAUCGUUUAAUUUCUUUCGCUUUUGCCACAAGCGGGUGACUUUUGUGCAACUUAGUCAAAAAGGGGGAUGUCCUCUUAAGCGGUGGCAGCAACAACAACGAAAACAACAGGAGCAGCAGCCACCACCCGCUCCUCAUCAGCCCACUGAUAAUCCGAGGUCGCCUUCGCUGUCGCCAUGAACUGAUUGCACCAGAGUCAUUUGUGGAGCUUAAGUGAAAGGCAGGAAAUUCAGACAACAGCCAAAAAGGGGAACGAACCCGCACAGCUGCAAACGCAGACAGCAAACGGAUUACAGGCAUCCUCCAGUUACAGCUCCAGCUCCAAUCAGCGCUCCAGCAACAGCACCAACAGCAGCAAUGUCUAAGCACACGGAUAACGAUAAUCUGCGCAAUGACAUCUAUGAAAAUCUGCCCUGUCAGGCGAUGUACAACGAGUCUGUGCGGAAAAUUCAUCAGCAGCAGCAGCAGCAAAAAUUCGCGCAGUCCUCCAACAUCGUCAAUCCGAAUGCCAACUCCAUAGGCAACUGCAAUUCCGCGCCGGCGAACAAAGCCUCCUCCGGUGGUAGCAAGGAGAUGCUGUAUGCCACACCACUACGAAAGUCGGAUCGCUACAAGAGCGGCGAACGAAGUCGCCACACGGGUGCUGCUGCUGCGGCUGCUGCAGGGAAUCCAGAGGCGAAACUCUCCAACUAUCGCGACUCGAAUCGUUUGGCCAGUGCCCGCAAUGGGAAUCCUCUACAGGUGACAGAUCUAGAUGCCGACGAGGAUGAUGCAGAGGGCGAUGGCGUGGAUAUCUGUGCCUCAACCAGCGCCCUGGUGGGUGGCUCCAAGUACAGCAAUCAACCGUUGGGCAGCGGCACAGGCACAGCCAACCAGCAGCUGGAGGAUCGACGAAUACUCAACUUUCUGAAGGACACCACGCAGCUGCAGAAGAAGCUGGAGAUUAGCGGACGCGACUGUCCCAAUGCCAGCUUCUCGAACCUCGCAAGGGAGGAACACUUUGCCAAUUUGGUGCAGCAGAACUUCCCCCAGGAGAUGGCACAGCACUCGAAUGGCGACACAAACGGCGGCGGAUCUGCGCCAGAGGAGGAUGGCCAGGAGGCGGCAGGCGGCGCCAAAGAGGACACCGAAGGCAAUCUCGAAGCGUUGAUGCAGCGAAAGAUCUCACCGGACAAGGAGGUCAAUGGAUUGGUGCACAGCGGCGGCCUGGAGUCUAACAAUCGCAUCGUGAGCACCGUCUACAUCCAUCGGGAAUGGGUGCUGAAGAAGAUUGCCCUGUGCCUCGAGCAGCGAACGGCGGGCAAGAAGCCCGUGCCAGUGGGUGGUGCGCUGGGUGGGGCAGCGGCCUCCUCCAGCUAUGUUUCGGCAAGGGCCAAGGCGGCGGCCAUCUCCAGUUCCAGCUACAAUGGCUGCCUGGUCCUCGGUUCGAAUGGCUCCGGCAAGACAUCCAUCUGCCAGGCCAUCAUGAAGGGAAACUCCGGCACCAAGGGCAUCCUCAACAGGAAGCUGCUGGCCUGCUACCUGAUCGAGUCCCAGAACCCGGAAUGCCACAGCCUCUCGCUGUUCAUGCGCAAGAUCGUCCUGCAGCUGCUCAGCCAUGCCUCGCUGAUCAGCCGCGACGACAGCCAACGGAUCAUCGACGAGGGUUUCUCCUUUCUGCGCGAGGAAGCGCAGCAGCAGGAGUUCAAGCUGGACGAGGCCAUGAACAACAUCAGCCUCAGCGAGAAUGCCGAGGAGCUGCUCAUCGAGGAGCUGAAGCGUGGGGCUAGCGAAUGCGACUCCCAGGCACUGGACACUGGCUUCCAAUCGCAGCGCACUUCCACUAUCAACAAGGCGGCCAAGACCUGUCUGACGCGCCAGCAAUCGGAGCCUGCUCCUUUGCCGGAUCAACCGGAGGACCAGCAGGACGAGAAGCUGGGCGCAAACAGCUACGGCACGCAUCCGCCCAAGCGAGGCAAGGAGCGUGGCGAGCAGGACAAGGACUUGGGCAGCGAAAAAUGCCUGAAGGAGUUGCCUGUCAAAUCCAGUCCCAGUCCCAGCAAAACCAAGUCCAAGAUUCCCAUCAAACGUGGCAGAUCGGGCAGCGGUGUGCUCUCCCCCUCGAAACUGUCGACCAUCAGCAAUGGAAGCGGCAGUGCCAGUGGCGGCCAGGCGAUCCAGCAAGGUGGCGGCGAGGACAUAGCCGAUCUGGGCACAGAACAAGAAAAGAGCGAAAUCGAGGCGGCCAUCAAGGAGGAUGACAAGACGUUAGAGAAAGACAACAACGAAGAGGAGGACAUGCCGGAGGCGGACAAGGAUUUGACACCCAGCAAGGAGCUGGACACGGAACCCCAAGCAGAGGCUGAUGCCGCAGAACCUCUCAUAGAUUUCACAGAGAAUGGCAAAGUGAAUGGAAAACAGGAGGAACGGGAACAGGAGGAGCGACAGGCACCGCCAGCGCUCGCCGAGAAGCCCAGGAAGCACACAAACACACUGCCACCGCCGCUGCCGAAGACCAAGAGCUGUCGCACUAUCAUUGCGGAUGGCUACUACGAGCUGUUGCUCUCCAAUCCGGAGAUACUCGAGUGCCUCAGUGUGGACAACAUCGAGACGAAUCCCGAUGAGUGCUUCAAGAAGGCUCUGCUCUUUCCGCUGCUUGAGUUGACGCCACCAAAGACAGCGCUUCUGCUGCUGAUCGACUCGAUCGAUGAGAACUACAUCAACGAGGGCAAUCUCAUAUCCACCCUGAAGGGGGGACGCUGCAAUGCGGCCAUCCACAAGAGCCGCAAUGUGGCGGAGCUGCUGUCGAAUCACAUCCAUCUGUUCCCCAAGUGGCUGUUCCUCGUGUGCACCACCAAGAAGCAAACAAAACAAAUCACCAGAAUGUUUACGGGCUUCAAGAAGAUCACGCUGGACGAUCUGCGCAAGUCGCAUGUGGUCAAGGAUGUGCAGGAGUAUAUCAUCAAUCGAUUGAACUCGGACUUCAAGGACAGCAUCAUGCUGACCAAGGAGAUCAUUGAGUCGCUGCAUCAGCUCUACAUCAAGUCGAACGGCUGCAUCCUCUACCUGGAGAAGGUGCUACACGGCAUCAAGGAUAACUUCUUUAGCUUCCGGGAGAUCAAGCUGAUUCCAUGCACCCUCAACGGCCUGUACUUGUACAUUUGCCAGAAGUCCUUCAACAAGAAGCAGUACAUGAAGAUUCGGCCGCUACUCAAUGUACUGCUGGCCUCCUCCGGCUACGUGGACAAGUUGUUUCUGUUCAACUGCCUGCGCACCCACAACUACACCAUCGACUGCCAGGAGUUCGAGAAGCGCCUCCAGCUGAUGCGGAACAUCCUCGCCUACGAUGCGAAUGCUCAGCGCCUCAAGAUCUUCCACAACUCUUUCGCCGAUUGGCUCGUGGACGUAAAGUUUGCCACCAAGAAGUUCAUCUGCGAUGUCAACGAGGGCCACGUGAUGAUUUCCAUGUACUAUCUGCUGGUGGCGGACACCCUCUGCGCCAAUACGGUCCGCCGUUUCGCCUACCAUCUGAUCAAGUCGGGCGAGUACCUGACCAGCCGCCACGUGGACAUGGAUCUCAUACUGAUGCUGCUGGAGUCGCGCCUCAACCUCAGCGAUUGCUUCUACACGAAUCAGAUGAACUGCUGCGCCCAGUGCGAGCAUGACUUCAAGUACGAUGGCAAUUUCCUGCCCAAGACACGCUCCAUGCUGGAGCGGUUCCUCGCCAACGACCUGAGCGAGCCCUUUGCCCAGUUCCUGUGCGAUUUCUUCAAGCCCAGUCUUCCGACGGAUGCCAAGAUGCUGAAGCUGCUCAUCGAGACGGGCAUCAAUAAUGCCGAAUCGCAGAACUCCUGCGAGUCCUCGCUGAUGUCGCCCGAGCUAUCGGAGAAAUCGCAGAACAUUGACUUUGAGCUGGCCGACCUGCUGCUCUCCAGCGAGAAGAGCUGCCUGCUGGAGACACAGCGAGCGGGCAGCCCCUCGGAGCACAGCGAGCCGCCGCACGAGAGCCAGGACGACAACGCUUCCAGCACGCUGCACCAGCUCUCCGAUUCGCAUCACAUCGAGCUGCACAAGGGCAAGGCCCUGAUCCAUAUCUUGGCCAACGAUGGCAACCAUCAGCUGCUGGAGCGGGCCCUCAAUGCGUGCAAGAGUCCCAUAGAUCUGGAGAUUGAGGACUACAACGGCCAGACGGCACUCAAUAUUGCUGCCAGAAAUGGACACCUGGAGGUGGUGAAGCUGCUUCUCAGCUUCUCACAGCCCUGCAAUGAUGGCACUGGCAGAAUGAAGCGCGUGGACGUGAAUCAUGCGGACAGGGAUGGUUGGACCCCCUUAAGAUCCGCUUCCUGGGGCGGCCACAGCGAUGUGGUGCGUCUGCUGAUCUCCCAGCCAGCCUGCAAAAUAGAUCUCGCGGACAAAGAGGGACGCACUGCCCUGCGGGCCGCAGCCUGGAGCGGACACGAAGACAUUCUCAAGCUGCUGAUCGAGUCGGGUGCGGAUGUUAACUCUGUGGAUCGACAGGGUCGCACUUCGCUGAUUGCCGCCUCCUACAUGGGUCACUAUGACAUCGUGGAGAUCCUGCUCGAGAACGGAGCGAAUGUCAACCACUUGGAUCUGGAUGGACGCAGUGCCCUGUGCGUGGCUGCUUUGUGCGGCUCCUCUGGCUACAGCAAAGUGAUCUCCACGCUGUUGGAUCAUGGCGCGAACACGGAUCAGCUGGACAACGAUGGCAUGUCGCCGCUGCUGGUCAGCUCCUUCGAGGGCAAUGCCGAGGUGUGCGAACUGCUGCUGGAGAAUGCCGCCGAUCCGGAUCUGGCUGACUUCAUGGGACGCACGCCACUGUGGGCCGCCUGCACGGCGGGGCAUGCCACGGUGGUGAAGCUGCUGCUUUUCUGGGGAUGCGGCAUCGACUGCAUGGACUCUGAAGGCCGCACAGUGCUGAGCAUUGGUGCCGCCCAAGGGAAUGUGGAGACGGUGCGGCAGUUGCUCGAUCGUGGCCUCGACGAGACGCAUCGCGACAAUGCGGGCUGGACGCCCCUCCACUAUGCCGCCUUCGAGGGCUUCCAUGAGGUGUGCAUGCAGCUGCUCGAGUCGGGCGCAAAGAUCGAUGAGUGCGACAACGAGGGAAAGACGGCCCUGCAUCUGGCUGCCCAGGAGGGACGCUUGAAUUGUGUACAGGCCCUGCUGGACAUUCACUCCAGCUUUGUGGACCAGAAGGCGCACGAUGGGAAGACCGCCUUCCGGCUGGCCUGCCUCGAGGGACACAUGGAGACGGUGGAGUUUCUGCUCAAGUUCUGCUGCGACGUCAACUCAAAGGAUGCGGACUCGCGCACCACGCUGUACAUCCUGGCGCUGGAGAAUAAGCUGGAGAUUGUCAAGUACCUGCUGGACAUGACCAAUGUGGAUGUGAACAUUCCGGACAGCGAGGGACGCACCGCGCUCCAUGUGGCCUCCUGGCAGGGACACGCGGACAUGGUCAAGUCCCUGAUCGAGGCCGGUGCUGAUGUCAAUUCGAUGGACCUGGAGGCGCGCUCUCCGCUGCACUCGUGCGCCUGGCAGGGCAACCACGAUGUGAUGAGCAUUCUCCUUUACUACGGCGCCCAGGCGGAUCACGCCUGCAAGCAGGGGGCCACCGCCCUGGGCAUCUCUGCCCAGGAGGGACACGAGAAGUGCGUGAUCGCUCUGCUGCAGUUCGGUGCCAAUCCAUACAAGUCGGACCACUGCGGACGCACACCAAUCAAGCUGGCGGCCAAAUCGAGUCGCACCAGCAUCCUGAAGAUCUUCGAGAGCUACACCAAAAAUGAUGCUAAUAAUCCCAACGAACCCAAGUUCCAUGCUCACGCCAGUAUGCUGCGCUCCCCGGACCAGCCGCCGGCAUUGCCCCUGCACCAGAACCUGGCCCCCUAUCCGGCCCACGCCUCCGCCUCCUCGGUCUGUUCGGCGGCCACCACGGCCACCGUGCACAAUGGCAGUCAGCUGCACGUCCUCAAUGCCUCCAGUUCCACGCACAGCUCGAAUAACUUCUACCAGAACACCAUGCAAUCGGAUACGAGCAGUUUGCACAAGCGCAAGAGCGUCAUCUCUAGUCAAUCCACGGGCAGCAGCAAUGAUCAAGCGCCGCUUACCUUCACACAGCAAUUGCAGCGACAAAGCAAACUUAGCUCGCGAAACAAUCUCAUGGUCAAUUCAAAGCAUGCCUCUGGCUCGGGCCACAAGUCCAGUGGGGGCGGAGGCGGUGGUGGCCAGCGGCAUUCACAGAUGCUGCCCGAUCUCAGCGAGCAUCAGCUUGCUUCCAAUAUGACCAAUGAGGCGGACAUGUAUGACAUGGAGUGCAUGUCGCCGCUGUAUGCCACUCCACCGCAUUCGCCCAGCAGCGAACUGAGCUCACCGGGCCAGCUGCCAGGACUGAAUGCUUUUGUGGAUGAUGACAGAGCCGGCACGAGCAGUGGCGGUGCCAAGGCCUCCCUGCCGGAUAAUCAUUUUGCUCGAGACACGCACAUGCGCAUCAUACUGGGAAAUCUCAAGGAAAACCAGCCCAGUUCCUCUGGCAAGAGCAAGCGCAGUGGUGUGUCCAGUAAUCCGGCAAUGCGGCUUAUACGCAGCCGCUUCGAUGCCGCUUCCCAGCUAAUUCGACGCACGAACAACAUACUGUCCUCCAGCAGCAAUCAAGGCUCCUCCAGCAUUGGCGUCAAAUCGGGCACCUUCCAGUGGCGCAAAGAGAGUCAAAUGUAAAAGGAAAAGCAAUUCCUGUACCACACGUGCAUACUCAACCUUCAAAGCAUAAUAAUUUAUUUCAUUUUUAUCGUACUUUUGAUAAAGUAUUGGGUUUUUUUGUGAUAGUUUCAAUUUUAGUACACUUUUAAUAUGUAUUCUUUUGAUUUAACUAAAAUAUAUGUAGGCAUUUACAUUUACUAUCCAUACCAACGUAGUCUAAGGCAUGAGCCGAGUAUUAAGCUAAAGAUCCAUAUAUAGAUAUACGAUAUUUCAUCAUAACCCCCAUUUGGCAUGCAACUUGUAGUAGACUUUGUUCUUCAAUGUAGGCAAGAAAUCUAACGAAAUUUAAAUAGAGACGACAUACACAACACGACGAGAAUGUGUAUACUGGAGCACACACAGCACUGUUCCCAGGAUGUAUUUUUAACAUUAACAAACAGAAGCAAUAAGUUAUAAUUCAACUUUAAUAUAAUUUAUGCUGGAUUGAUCAGAGCUGGCCUUAAUUGUGGGGCCAUACUACUCCAAUGCGCACUUAUUGGCAAAAAGGCAAACGGCUAUAGCAAUGUAAUUCAUUUAUACGUACCAUUUAAACACUGAUGAUUUAUGCUGUUUAUGUCAAUUCAAUUAAAGCCCACGCCCUAAGCGAACAUAUAAGACGUAAUACGAUGUGCAUUAAAUUCGCUCGCAAAAAGAAAAACACUCAAUGCGGUCCGUUCCUGUACCUAAAACACUCGUCACUAAUUUUAUGUAAACCAAACUCCCCUACCCCAUUAAGCCGGUUGAACGAACGAAAUACACUUUAUCGAAAUAUAUACUGAUUGAAUACUA